CUAAACUGUUUUCUAUUUGUUUGUUUUGUUGUAGGUGGUAAAGAAAUUGUCUGGGGAGGGCAAGGGCUCGGCCGAGUGGUUCACCAGCAUCGGGAACGAGUACUCCCAGAUCGUGUCCUUUGUUCUCACCUGUGAGGAGUCUGUGGAAAAGCUGGGGCCCAUGUGCCGUGGCGUGAUGAAGCGGUUUCGGCUCGCCAAUCAACCUGUACCCAAGAUCCUUUACAUCGACCGGGGAUGCUGCAAGGCACAGGGUCCGACGGCCAUGGAGACGCUCUUCCAGCCUUGGGUGGAUGACGGGAUGGUGGUGAGGCUGGACAUUUUCCACUGGCUCCAUCGCUUUGAUGCUGCUCUGCGGACCGAAGCCCGCUCGAAGUACGGCGCCUUCAAGUCUGCGUUGGUCGGGGCAGUGCUGGCCUAUAACCGCGAGGACCUCCAGCUCCUCAUCAAGGCUGUCAGGGCCAGAGACCCUGCCAUAAUGGAGGUGGUGAGUGACGAGGAUGUGGUCCGGCGUUACAUCUCCCGAGACCGGCUUAAACAUCAUGUCCGUCGUGUCACCCUCAGUGCCCAGGAGACAUUUCGUCUUGUCCACCUGGUAAUCGAAGAGCUCAAGGGUCCAGCAGGGCUCGACGAGAGCGGUGUCAGCCUCUUCAAGUCCCCUGCAGCCAUAGAUGAGAUGUGGGCCAGCCAGCAGCGACACCUGGAAUGCAUCCAGGACCCACCAGGCAUGGCCAUGUACCGGGUUGCCCGCACAACGACCAUCAACGGUGUGGACCUGCCCUAUUACAAGUGCCUGCGUGGGAGUAACAGCCUGGAGGGGUUCCACAAGUCGCUGCCCCAAAUGAUUCCAGGUCCCCACUGUGCGGCACGGCCUUACCAGGUCUACCUCAUCAGUGGUAUCGCCAGGUGGAACUCCGACCGCAGCUCGGAUGCCGUGUUUGGGGGCGGAGGCCGGCACCACAGAGUCUACUCAGCGCCGCUCAUUGAUCGCCUCAACUCCCGCUGCCAGCUGCUGUUUGGUGAGACAGUAGAAGAAAACUUCAGGGCCCCGGCCAACAUCCAGUCUGACGAGCUGCUUGGGCUCGAGUAUCUUUUCAGCCAGAGCACGGGGGAGUCCUUCUCUCUUGAGGGCAUCAUCAAUGACGGUCCUGGGCCGGAGGAGGAGGUCAUUCAGCCUGGGCAGGCCGACCCAGACGCCGAAGCAGAUGAGGCAUACCACAGCGACACGGAACAUCCUGCUGCUGAGCCUCGCAUUACACUUAUCAGCAGUGAGACUGCUACGGUCAACCCUCCUGCCUUUGAGGAUGUCUGCAGUGAAAAUCCUCUGCCGGGGUUUCAGAAGCUGGAGGAAUUCUGUACUGUGUUGGUGGAGGUCGGCUUGACAGACCAGAAGCUGCUCCUCAACACUGCACAGAGGAACAGGGUCCUCGAUGCCUGGAAUGCGGUGGAGGAACAUGACAAGCAGCCACAGAAGUACCACCAGCUGUACCGCACACACUGGGGAAACACCCUGUACUGCAGAACCAAAAGGGAUGACCUUGCAGAUGCCGCCGUGGUACAGAAAGUUAAGAUGGCCAAAAGGUACGCACCAGCACAGCAGGACAUCAGCCCGCAGCACAACCGGCUAAUGUAUGUGCUUGUCAAGCUGCUGUGGCUGCACUCCCCUAAGGCCUCUUGUUCCAGCCCCGAGAAGACCAGCAUCCUUAAGGCCUAUGACAGGAUCCAGCACCGGGUCUUGGUGGAUGACCCAAUCCUGUGCAAGGCAGGCAUCCCUCUCCCUAAAAUAAACACGAAAACAGUGAGGGACUUCAUCCGCCAGCAGGAGAGGCUGGUGAACCUGCACGCCACCAGGCGGCCAGCGGUCAUCUCCAAGACCACCUCUGUAUCAUCUGAAGAGCUGCCUCCUGCACCGUGCCAACCUGCCGUCCUCCCUCCACCUGACUACCCCGUGAUGGAGUACAUCCCCACGCCCAGCACAGCCGGCACAAAGGUGUUGAAGGGACGGACCAACAUGCUGGUGGCGACGCCACAGCCUCCUCCACAGCUUCCUCCUCAGCCACCAUUGCCUCUGCCGGUAAGGAGAAUCCCCGCCCCCUCCACCAUCACCAAGCCUGUUCUGCCCUUUGUCUCCCAGUAUGCGGGCCCCUCAUCCACGCAGGCGCCAAUCCCGGUCGCUUCACCUGUGCCCAUCAGACCAGCUGUUCAGCUGACCUCUGGACAGAACACUGUUGUAGGAUCAUCGUGGUCUCGAUCCACACAGUAUAAGAGGAAGCUGGCAGACCACCCCACAGAGCUGGGCGUUAAGCUGAUGAGGGUGCAGCAUCUCCCGACCUGUAAGGCUUGUGGGCAUACAAUCCAGGGACACAAAAAGUACAAAAAGAAGACAUAUUGCCCUGCGAUUAACCGCUCUGCUUCCAAGGGACUGGAGAACAGAGAAUUUAGAAACUAUGAACAUUUUGUCUCUGUUGUGGACGGACUGGAGGAGUGAACGGCUGGCCCGUUGUAAAUAGUGUAUAUAGUUCUUGUGUUCAAGUUUUACUGUUCUACGUUUUGUGUGUUUUUUACAUGGCACUAUUGGUUCUCUGCACUGUUGCUCUAUUUCAUGCACGUUAUGAAGAAUUGUUCUGUAUGUUCUGGUCUUACAAUUGCCUUUUAACACGGCACAAUUGGUUCUCUGAACUGUUGCCCUAUUUCAUGCAUAUUAUGAAGAAUUGUUCUGUAUGUUCUGGUCUUACAAUUGCCUUUUAACACGGCACAAUUGGUUCUCUGAACUGUUGCCCUAUUUCAUGCACGUUAUGAAGAAUUGUUCUGUAUGUUCUGGUCUUACAAUUGCCUUUUAAAACAGCACCAUUGGUUCUCUGAACUGUUGCUCUACUUCAUGC